AUGCGAUUCACAUGCCACCAGAUGCAAUUUCUUAGCACAGAGCACUUUCGAGCCCUUCUGGCUGUGGAAAUGGGCAGUAAGAACCAUGAGUCGGUGCCCAUUGAUCUUAUUACUAAGAUAGCGAAGAUAAACAAGAGCAUUGAAAGCAUCGUGACAGACUUGGUGCGACAAAACUUCAUCAAGAGAAUACCCAGCAUAGACACGGGAUACGAAGGGUAUGCGCUAACAUACACAGGCUACGACAACCUAGCACUCUACGCCCUGCAGAAAGAGGGGGUAAUCGAGGGAGUGGCGAAUAAAAUAGGCGUGGGGAAAGAGUCAGACGUGUACCUGGGAAUAUCUCCGGAGAAAAAGCUGCUCUGCAUUAAAAUCCACAGACUAGGCAGAGUGUGCUUUAAAACCGUGAAGAAAAACAGAGACUACCACCAAGAUCGAAAAUACACGUCUUGGAUGUACCUAUCGAGACUGUCGGCACAGAAGGAGUACGAAUACAUGAAAGAAAUGUACGAGAAAAGACUCCCCAUGCCUAGACCGCAUGCGCAGAACAGACACAUUGUGGUAAUGGAUUAUUUAGAAGACUACACCACGCUGUCAAAAAUACAAAAAUCCUCCAAAAUUGUACCCAUACAAAUGAAGAGCACUUUGCUAUCGAUAAUCGACAGGAUAGAAGAGCUGGGGUAUGUCCACGGAGACUUUAACGAGUUCAACAUAAUGGUGAGAAACGACUUUAAGAAAGUAAAAAUAAUAGACUUCCCCCAGAUGAUCACAACAAAAGACCCAAAGGCACAGGAGUACCUGAAAAGAGACAGGGAGGGAGUGGAAACAUACUUCCAGAACUUCUGA